AUGUCGGGUGGGUUGCUUUCUGCUCAUCCUCAGGGAAGACACAAUGAAUUAGAACUUGGAGGUCUUGACGGAUUGCUGGAUGAAGUUGAUGAAGUGGACUAUAUACAUGCAAUAAAUGGUCUUGCCAGCCCUUGCGAUGAUUAUCUUCUAGAUAUUGGAUUCAUGGGACAAGCUUCUGAACCGGGUUUUGGUUCUUGUGAAGGAUCACGUAAAACAAACUCAAGUUCUGCAAGUCAGUCUCCAGGAUUAAGUGGUAGUAGUAACAGUACUGUUGGGAUAUCUGAAUCGUCAACUGUGACUAUUCAAGAAUUUGAAUGCAAGAAUAAUUCUAUUGACAAGGCAGUAACUCAUGGGUUCCAUGGAAACUUCAGGCAGAAAAAAAGACGUCGAACACCGGUCGCCUAUCCUGCUUCAAUCAUUUUACAAAAUCUUGAUGAGUUAGAUAUUGAUGAAAAACCUUCAGUAAGUGGAAUGGUGUCUGCUGCUUUUCUUAAGGAGAAAAGACCACUUAAGCCUACUCGAAGAUACAUUGAGGAAUUUUCGGACAAGAUGUCAAAAGAUUCCAAGGGGAGGGAAGAUUGUUCUGCUGUUACUGCUGUAGAGAGUCGACGCUCGAAGGUCAGAUCACAAAAUAAACAUCAUCAUCUGAGGCCUAGGACAUUGGCAUUAGUAACCGGGGAUGAUUUAAUUUCUGAAAACCAGACACUGGCUGAAUUCAGGAAGCAAAGAGCACGUCGAAAGAAGUAUGCAUCAAUUUCGAUGCUUGAGUGCGAUGAAUCUGACGAGUCAUAUGAGUCCAAUGAGCAACUUUUGACAUCUGAAUCUGAAGAUGACUAUGUGUCAAGAAAAAGAUCGACAAAGCACGAUUGAAGGAAGCAUCAAAGGAUGUGGACUGCCUCUGAGGUGACGACAUUGGUUGAUAGUAUUUCUCAAUACGGAGUUGGGCAAUGGACAGAUAUAAAAAGGCUCCUAUUUGCAUCUUCUCCUUAUUGCACACCACUAGAUCUCAGGGUACAUCACAGCUUUCCAAUAAUGGGAAUAAUAUGCUCUCCAUUUGCACAGAAAAUGGAGAGGACCAGUUACCCAAAGCGCAGGCCCCCCUAAAUUGGGGUAGGCUCCGUGAAGGCGUCAUGCGCAAUUUACAGUCCAGAUUUCUACUAGCUUUCUCCAUUUUGUGUUCUACAGGAUAGGAGUUGAAUUUCAGUUGAACAGUUGCCUUUGCAUUUUAACUUCUAACUUCACUACUUGUGCACGCUGCAGGACAAAUGGAGAAAUAUUUUAAGGAGCUGUGGAAAGGAACUGAAGAACGAGGCUAGACUUUUAUCUGUUUGUACUUUUACAUAUUAGGAUACAGAAAGUGUCAUGUAACCUAAACUUGUCUAGGUGUCGUUUGGCUACAACAGGUUGAACAAAAGGAGAUGAGUGCUUUACCAAAGUCGUUGGUGCCCCGUGUUUGUGGGACUUGGAUUGUCUGCCCUCCAAUUUUGGUGCCCUCCCCAUACCUUUUUAUUUUUGUGGUCAC